AAUGGCACCGUUGCAGUGGUAAUAUUGUGGUUCUGGGAAAGCGUAGAUUACAUAGUGAUAGUAGCGGCGGGCGAAGGUUUGAUACUGAGUGUUUGAGAAUGGCAUCAUCGAAGGUAAUGUGUAGGUUGUCGUGUCGGAUACAGAGUGUUGUUGCUCAUAAUCAUAACAAGUUCACCAAACCCUCACCACUCUCUCCUCUUUCUCUCUCUCUCUCUGCGCGACGCCUUUCUCGCACUUCCCGGUUACCAGUGGAAUUGGGAAGCUUGGAAUCAAUGAUGCCGUUGCAUAGCGCGGUAGCUUCAGCUCGAUUAGUGUCAAGCUUGUCUAUUGAGUCUCUGGGUUGGGGAUUAGUUCCUCAAGGUAUUUCCAUGCCUUUAUGACAGCAUUUGUCUGCAGUUAGUUGCUGAAAGGUAGCAUUUUCAUUGGAUGGCAGGCUCAUGUUGAUGUUUUCAUUUGUUGUAAUCUUGAGGCCACUGGCAUAGAAUCCUUCAUCUGACAUAUUUGAGGAACAUGCCGUGCAACUGAUGUUGCUUACGUAUUGUUUGGUUCAUUUUAUCGUCAUAUAUUUCUGGAAUAACAUUUUUGGUUUUUCCAGUCUGGAUGAAUUUUCUGUCAACUAAUAAUGCAUUAAAGUGCAUUAUAUCUGAGGAUUUAAUCCAUUUACUCGUUAAUGUUUCCAUUUUUACUACAGUUCUAUGGUUUUAUAACUAUAAGUCAUUGGCAAACCAGGUAUGAUAUAGUAGUGUAGAGGGGUCUAGCAAAUGGGAAAUGAGACUCGCAUAUAAAAGUUGGACUCACCCGAUAACAUUUCUCAUGUAGGAAAGAGAGGGCUAAAGAGUGGAUUGCUAAGAUUUCUCGUGUAGUGUGUGAUUCUGCAUCCUUGGUUGGACAGAUGACAUGGGUGGAAUGGGAACAAAAUAGAUGGUUCAUGGUUGCUUUAGAACAUGCUAAAUCAUUACCUGCUGCUGUUGAUUACCUACCCUUUUGUUUCUACAUGUUGUAAUCUUGUAACAAUUCCAUUUUGCUUUUGUUUUAA